AUGGAUAUAAAAUCCAGAUUCCCGAGCUGUAAAACGCGGACCUUCCUUAUAAACUGCGCUCCACUCUUCAGUGGGCAGUGCUUUGGAUUUGCUGCAAUUUUCGCCUCGUCACUUAUAUGGAGCGGUACCAACCUCUACUUUCAGUUCAUCUACCAAGGAUUCGGAUGGCAAACGUUGAUAUUAUUUAUUCUAGUCACUACAUUCAUUUUUAACUUUAUUGUGUUUCUUUCUAACCUUUUCGGUAAAGAUGUGCUCGGCACAGUGGGAAAGAAAAGGCUGCUUCUCAUGUAUGCUAUCUGCCUAGUCUUACUCAUCAUAGCAGCCGCACUAGAAACUUGGUACUGUGGAAUAUCUGCAGGAUAUCUACAUAGUCGGUUUAUAGCUGUAACUAUCUUCAACUGGCUACUCGUAGUCAGUUACAUUGCCCUACUCGUGGUGACCAUACUAUUUGUAUAAGAUAAGAGUUAUUUAGCUGUACAUCUGUUUAC